CGGCCGGAAGUUCCGGCGGCGGCGCUGGGCCGGGCCCGAGCGGAUCGCGGGCUCGGGCUGCGGGGCUCCGGCUGCAGGCGCUGGGCCGCGAGGCGCGGAGCUUGGGAGCGCAGCCCAGGCCGUGCCGCGCGGCGCCAUGAAGGGCAAGGAGGAGAAGGAGGGCGGCGCACGGCUGGGCGCUGGCGGCGGAAGCCCCGAGAAGAGCCCGAGUGCGCAGGAGCUCAAGGAGCAGGGCAACCGUCUGUUCGUGGGCCGAAAGUACCCGGAGGCGGCGGCCUGCUACGGCCGCGCGAUCACCCGGAACCCGCUGGUGGCCGUGUAUUACACCAACCGGGCCCUGUGCUACCUGAAGAUGCAGCAGCACGAGCAGGCCCUGGCCGACUGCCGGCGCGCCCUGGAGCUGGACGGGCAGUCUGUGAAGGCGCACUUCUUCCUGGGGCAGUGCCAGCUGGAGAUGGAAAGCUAUGAUGAGGCCAUCGCCAAUCUGCAGCGAGCUUACAGCCUGGCCAAGGAGCAGCGGCUGAACUUCGGGGACGACAUCCCCAGCGCUCUCCGAAUCGCGAAGAAGAAGCGCUGGAACAGCAUCGAGGAGCGGCGCAUCCACCAGGAGAGCGAGCUGCACUCCUACCUCUCCAGGCUCAUUGCCGCAGAGCGUGAGAGGGAGCUGGAAGAGUGCCAGCGAAACCACGAGGGUGAUGAGGACGACAGCCACGUCCGGGCCCAGCAGGCCUGCAUUGAGGCCAAGCACGACAAGUACAUGGCAGACAUGGAUGAGCUCUUCUCUCAGGUGGACGAGAAGAGGAAGAAGCGAGACAUCCCCGACUACCUGUGUGGUAAGAUCAGCUUUGAGCUGAUGCGGGAGCCGUGCAUCACACCCAGUGGCAUCACCUACGACCGCAAGGACAUUGAGGAGCAUCUGCAGGUGAGGCUGCGGCUGGGGGAGCAGGGCCAGCGGCAUGGUCCUGGGCCCAAUGACUGCCCUUUGCCCUUCUUGUCACUGCAGCGUGUGGGUCAUUUUGACCCCGUGACCCGGAGCCCCCUGACCCAGGAACAGCUCAUCCCCAACCUGGCUAUGAAGGAGGUUAUUGACGCAUUCAUCUCUGAGAAUGGCUGGGUGGAGGACUACUGAGGUUCCCUGCCCUGCCCGGCGUCCUGGUCCACGGGAGCCCUGGGCAGAAGCCCCCGGCCCCUGUACAUAGUUUGUGUUCCUGGCCACCCCGACCUCUUCCCCCAAGUUCUGCUGUUGGGACUCUGGACUGUUCCCCCUCUCAGCAUAGCUCUUGCUGGGCCGUGAUCGUGCCCCUCUGUGGGCUGGAAAAGCAGGUGAGGGUGGGCUGGGCUGACGCCACUGCCGCCAUUAUCUGUGUAAUAAAAUCCGUGAGCACGA